UCGUCACCGAGUCGAUUUCGAAGUGGUGCGCCUCAAGAGAGGCCACGACGAUUAAUAAGUCGCCUGCGCGGCGGAACUUCCCGGUGACCCUUUCUUCUCCCUUUUGCCUUCGUCCCUGCGCGCCGCCGCCGCCGCCGCCGCUGCCGCCGCCGCUGCUGCUGCUGUUCGUUCUCGCCAACGUUUAACUUUCUCGUGGAAUUUACGCGGCUACGCCGAUGCUGCCGACGCUUGCUCGCGAAUGUGUUUCGUGUUGGGGAGGGGGAGGGCAGGGGAGAGUACGCAGGAUCCGACAUCGACUGCCUCUCAAUCGCCCCGAGUGACCCGAUGUAUGUGUGCGCGUGUGACGCUCGGUUCGAGAUCUCCACUGGCAUGGAGCUAGGAGCGUACUGAUAGCGAUAGUUUACGAGAUCUUGGUUUCUAUGCAUUGCCUGCCAAAGAAGAACUGAGCCCAAUGUUUCCACACAAUUCUAGUUCACAUGAGAUUUCUACAGAAACAAAUGCCUUCGUACAAAAUUCCGUGUGGGAUGUAGUAGUAUUAAAGGAAAGCAGUCUGGAUGGGGUGGGGGAAGGGGAAGGAUUAGAGCACACUUGGUACUGUGAUAUCGAAUCCAUAAACAGCAGCACGAUGGCAGCACCUAUUAGCCAUCCCGAAGCUACCGCCGCCAAUGACUUUUCAACCGUCCUGCCGAACCAAGCUGGUGAGUUGGACUCAACCGGCAUAGGUAAGGCCUGCCAGUCAGUGGCGCCAGCAACCACAAAAUACCCAACAAAUCACUUUCUAAUCUGCGAUAAUAAUAAUAAAAUAAAUAAUCACAACAAUGCAGAACAUAAUCAUCACAAGUACAGAAAGCAAAAUACACCGGGCUUGCUUGGUCAGCUGGGCAGCUCCGCCAAUAACUCUAAGUCUACUUGUAAGACGUUAAGUGAUAAUAAGACUAGCUUUAGCCAUCUAAACUUUAGGGUACUAAGGUAUUUAAGUGAAUAUCUGCGCGCUGAAAGGGACGAAAAGUGUCGCAUCGUUGGGGUACCUAGCCUAGUUAGGAUACCCAAGUCUGAUAGUCCCCAACGGUUGUUACGCCUCCCUAACUCUGUCGACAAUUACUCCUUACUAGGGUCCUGCCUUGACCUGGGCGACAACAAUAAAUUUAAGGCUAAUUUUAGUUACGUAAAUAAUAACAACUCCAAGUCUGUGAUAUUGCUCAGCUCAACCAGUUACAGUAACCAUUACCUCCUCUUUAGUGGUGGCUUUGACAAGAUAGCUGCUGUUAUCCCGGUACUUUGUAUUAAAAGGGACGAUUCCACCACAUCGAAUAGAAUGAAACUACUAGGUGAUAAGUACGCCCUAGUUACCAGUUUUGCUCAGACCUCCAGACUGCUUGCAAACGAUAGAAUUCUGGAUGAUAACUCUGACAUCCGAGUUUCUCUGAGCCGCCGAAUAGUACGACACCUUCUGGAAUCGCAUUUCGAUGGCAACACUCUAGUAUCGGUGUCUGUCUAUGCUCAGAAUUUCGCGAUGUACGCCGCCAGUUCUUCCAUUACGCUUAUCGUUUCCAUAAACGAAGUAAUUGACCACACUUUGCGAUCUUUCCUGAAAAGUCUCACGCUACUCUAUGUACAAUCUUGUAUUUCUCCAUUAUGUAAUGUCACUGUGACCGAGCUGAUGCAACACAUAUGUGUUCCACUAUUAAUAAUAUGUAAAAGUAAUGAUUACAACGUUGGUAAUAAUAAUGAAUACUAUAAUAACGAGAACAUUAACGUUGGUAGUAUUGAAGAAGAAAUUAAUAUUAGUAAUAAUAACCAAGAUGUUAUCGGAUACAUUGUUGACAUCGCUGUGUGCUACAAGACUAGUGUAAUUACUACUAAUGUUAGAAUCUUAGGGUCUCAAAAUGAUGGUAUUAGUUGUACCGAAGCAACAAUGUUUACUGUUGGUGCUCUUUUAUUUCAGGAUAACAAUAAGUAUAAUAAGCUUCUAAACACUUGUUUUAAGAUUAGUAGGUAUAGGAGAUCGGUUACUGCCGAUCGCGAAUCUAACUCUACCAUUAAGUCUGUAUCUAAGUCUACGCUAAGCGAUAAGUGUAACGUUAAGUUUGAAACAUCUCAUACCGCUCGACUUGACGAAUCUGACAACAGAAAGCAAGUUAAGUUGACUGUCAACAUUCCUAUAAUGACUACCUGCAAGCCUACGAUGACGCUUACAUGCCAAUCAGCCACCGUCGCAUCCAAAACAAUUGUUGUACCUGUAUCUCGAGCGGAGAGUCGCACGAACGACAAGGAAAUGCGAUUGGAAUAUUUCAAUAUACUCCAAAAUGACCAAAUAUGUAUCCAGUAUAUGUUGCUAAGUCACACAGAUGAUCUUAAGAAUGACUUAUGUCAUUAUGACGCUAAAUUUAAAGACGUGCAAAAUUAUGCUAUCGACAAGCUCAAAGCAACAUCGAAAGAUGACUCAGCUCAGUUGAUCUGCAAAUAUGACCAAGAAGCUCUUAGACACGACCGAGGUCGUAAGAACGACAAUGAUGAUAACGCCAUCACAAGCAACAGCAACGAAGAUUCCAUUGCACCGUCUGCGUUGCAAUGGUCAUCCCUUAUAAUGCGUACGUGCACCUUAGUUUCCGCUUGUCAAGCAACGUACGAGAAUAAUGGGAGCAAAUGUGAGGUUCAACGACGCCAACUGAGAUCCACUCUGGACGUCCUGUUCCGCAAGUUGUCUUACUUACACCGCAACGUCUACGAGCCUAUUGCGAGUUACAAACAACGUUGGGGUAUACCACUGAUAUUGCACUUGGCAGGAGGUGGAGAGAGUUCUUUGAAUACCGGAGGAGCUGCUAAUUGGGGAUCGACGCAAGCCACCACUCCAAAUAACAACAACACAAGUCAGAGUGGGUGGGGUAGUACACCAGGAAAUCCAUCUGGUAGCACUAGUGCGCCCAAUAAUUGGGGCGGCAAUACCGUCAAUCGAUCCGUCACGGGAAAUCCGAAUCAAAAUCAAAAUCAAGGACCACCUGGUAACCAAAAUGCCCCGGGAAAUGUGGGCAAAGUGAACAAUCCCAAUCAGCAAUCCAAUCAACAAUCUGGUCCGCCAACGUCUCAAUCAAAUAAUCCUACCCAAGGAAAUCAGAAUAAUAACCAAUGGCCUCAGGGAAAGUCUAAUCCAGGUGGUCUCGGGCAAAAUCCGUCAGUGCAAAACAACAACAACAGUAGUGUUCAGCAGCAGCAAUCCUCGGGUUCAAGUGCAAGUAAUAAUCAGUCGAAUAAUCCUACCCAAGGGGCUGUGAGUAUCGGAAGCACUUCGGCAAGCAACAAUCCAUCUACGAAGCAACAACUCGAACAACUCAACACAAUGAGAGAAGCUCUUUUCAGUCAAGACGGCUGGGGUUGUCAACACGUGAACCAAGAUACAAAUUGGGACGUACCAACAUCUCCUGAGCCGUCUAUAACUAAAGAUGGUGUGCCCAUCUGGAAGCCACCGGUGAACAAUGGCACCGAUCUGUGGGAGGCUAAUCUGCGCAAUGGGGGACAGCCGCCGCCUCAACAGCAGGCGAAAACUCCGUGGGGUCAUACGCCUGCGACGAAUAUUGGCGGCACUUGGGGUGAAGAUGACGAGACCGCAGAUUCAUCUAAUAUGUGGACGGGUGCACCGACACCAUCGCAGCCAAAUGCGGCUCAAUGGACUGGUGCAGCCGGUAACCAAGCCGGGUCCAAUUGGGGCGAUCCUAGAAUUGACCAUAGAGAUCCGCGAGACUUGCGAUCUGUAGAUCCAAGAGAAAUGCGUGACCCUCGGGAUCAUCGUAUGUCAUUGGAUCCCAGAGAUCAUAUGCGUGUUAUGGAUCCUAUGGCGCGGGAUCCGCGAAUGACUGAUAUGCGUGGCGAUCCACGUGGAAUAUCUGGACGAUUGCAUGGUGCAAAUGCGGAUGCGAUGUGGAAUCAACCACCAGGUCCGCCGCAUCACCAAAUGGGGCAUCAACACCCGUCUGGACCACCGGCCAAGAUGCUCAAUCCUUCGAAUAUGAAUCAAUGGGCUGCUCCACCCCCAAAGGACAUUAUGCCUGGCAAACCUUCUGGUUGGGAGGAGCCGUCACCACCGACACAACGAAGGAAUGUGCCCAAUUAUGACGACGGUACUAGCCUUUGGGGAAAUCCAGCUGCUAAUCAACGUGCCUUGCAAACCAGUAAGGUAUCGCAUUGGAAGGAUCUUCCUGCACCUAAUUUGGCUCGUGGAGGUAUGCAAUGCCCACCAGGAAUGCCUCAAAACAGAAUGCCAGGGCAACCUGGAAUGAAACCUGACGUGGGUGGUCCUAUGUGGGGUCAUCCUGGAGCUCCUAGUGGACGCAACGGAACUUGGACAGACGCUCCACAUGAUACCGCUUCAUGGGACGAUCCUAAAACGCCAGCAACGUGGAACGAGCCUCAGCUAAAUCCAGCAGCUUGGGGUGCCCCUACUGCGCACAAACCAAAGCCUAUGGGACCUACCGGUAGCUGGGCCGACUCCGAUAUGGAUCCGACUCCUAGCUGGGCGCACACUGCGAAACCUACACUGACGAAAGAGGUGAUCUGGAGCAGUCGCGAGUUCCGAUAUCUUUGCGACUUGGGAUUCAAGAAAGAGGAUGUGGAACUAGCAUUAAGAAACCGAGAAAUGAACCGAGAGGAGGCACUGGAACUUCUCAAUCAGCUACGUCCUAUGGAUCAAUGGAGACGUCAUGACACGCAUUCGGGUUACGAUCCGACACAUCAAGCGACUACUACGCCAGCCUAUCCUCGAUUCAAUCACGUGGCACAGCAGAUGUCAUUCCCUCCGGGCGGAGGAGUGCCCAGUGGGGCAACCAGUGGGGGUGUGGGUGGUUCUGUGACCAGUGCUAGUCUUCUCAAACUUCAACAACAGCAACAACAGCAGACAGCUGUUCCGCUACAGCAACAACAACCAAGUACCAAUGCGCCACAACCCCCUUUCAACCAGGCAUCUCGCGCAUCACAGAAUCAGCCAAGUACGCAACAAUUGCGUAUGCUUGUGCAACAGAUUCAACUAGCUGUUCACGAGGGCUACCUGAAUCAUCAGAUCUUGAAUCAACCACUGGCACCCCAAACACUGAUGUUACUGAAUCAGCUUUUGCAACAGAUCAAGGUCUUGCAGCAGUUGCACCAACAACAUUCUGUGCAAAGCACAAUGAAGGGCAACAAUCAAUCAGUCUUGCAGAUCAGCGUUCAGAUUACAAAGACCAAACAGCAGAUCACGAAUUUGCAAAAUCAAAUUGCAGUGCAACAAGCAACAUAUAUGAAGCAGCAGCAACAGCAUCCAGCGCCUCCAUCUCAGGCGUCAGAAUAUUACAAAUCCUCUGUGCAUGAUCCUAUGUCAGCUCUGCAGAACAGUUUCAGCGACUUAACAAUGAACAAGGAAGCACCGGUGGUGAGUCAACAGCAGUCUCGGUUGAAUCAGUGGAAAUUACCCUCGCUCGAUAAAGAUGGCGAUUUGGUGUCAAACGAAUUCUCCCGUGCCCCUGGAACUACGAGCAAACCACCCACAACUCCUGGCGGCUUGACCCAGUCACACAGCAGUCCGAAUAUGAAUCCUUUGCUAGGUCAAAGUGACGGCACAUGGUCUUCGCGACUCGGCGACAGUGGUUGGCCCGAUCCGAGUAACAGUGACUCGACCGAUGGAAAGGAUUGGCAACCGGGUGGUGCUGCAUUCACAGACCUUGUGCCAGAAUUCGAACCUGGAAAGCCAUGGAAGGGUACCCAGAUGAAAAGCAUUGAGGAUGAUCCUAGCAUCACUCCCGGUUCUGUUGUACGUUCUCCGUUAUCUUUGGCUACUAUCAAGGAUCCGGAUGCGAUCUUUUCGUCGAGCAGCAAGACAUCACCACCACCGCAAACAACUAAUCCAGACACAUCGAUCCCAAGUCUAAGCAACUCUACAUGGACAUUUAAUCCACCGGCCACUACACCUAGUGCAUUUACCAGCUCCAAGAAUACAUGGGGUGAGUCCGCUCCUCCACCUACUGCUGUGACUUCGGAGCUUUGGGGUGCACCGAUGAGCAAAGCACGUGGUCCGCCUCCUGGCUUAGGUAGCAAAGGAACCACAAACACGAGCAACGGAUGGGCCGGCUUGGGUAGUGUUAGUAGGUCCUCCAGUUCAUGGGGUCUGCAAUCUUCCACUGUUAGUAAUUCAGGCUGGAUGUCCACCUGGCUCUUACUAAAGAAUCUAACACCGCAAAUUGACGGUUCCACUUUGAAGACGCUGUGCGCGCAACAUGGACCGGUUCAAGAUUUCCGUUUGUAUCAAAAUCACGGAAUCGCAUUGACGAAAUAUUCCACUCGCGACGAAGCAAUCAAGGCACAAGGCGCCCUAAACAAUUGCGUCCUGGGUAACACAACGAUAUUUGCCGAGUCGCCAGCAGAGAGCGAAGUGCACACUAUUCUGCAGCAACUCGGCCAUGGCGGACAACAGCAGGCCGGCGGUUCUGGCGGUGCUGGAUGGGGCCUUAGACCAACUAACAAAGCCGGCCCACCGCCCGACACAUGGGGUGGUAGCUCCAGUCAGCUCUGGGGUGUCCCGCCCACCAGCAAUUCCUUGUGGAGUAACGCGGGAAUAGACAACAGCGACCAGCAACGAGCAACUCCUAGUUCUCUCAACUCGUAUUUACCCGGAGAUCUUCUGGGAGGGAUACGGAGGAGACGUCGAAGUGAAGUCGAAGAAACCGCGCGUAAUCGAUGCCCCCGAGACUAUCACGGAGAGCCCAUCUCGAUCGGUGUAUCGUAAAUCUGCGACGGAGAAAGAGGAGGAGAAGGAGGAAGAGGGAGUCGCGGAAGCGACAUAUCCAUUUGCGUUCUGCAAAUCGCACUCGGCGAUCGGCCUUCCGGUCUCGUCAACAGAGAGAACAGCCCCCUCUCGCGAUAGUCACCGCGCGACCCUCGGAGGGAAGAGCGCCGAAGACACACCCGAAAUAUUAUUCCAGAUGCUUCGCGCGCAAGAGUUCAUUCUUGAGAGACUAGACGCUAGUGGAAAGUAACAAAUGGCAAUAAAGAAUAAAACGAAGUCGCUGUGUAAUCGUGUAAAAAACGCGCGUCCAGUCGCUUAUCGCGAUCGCCCCCCGAUGGCUGCUCCGACCCUAAACUCGUCCCCGUUGAGGAACAAGCGAUUAUCAUCCCACGUGUAAACGCGACCCCUCGCGAUUUUCAUCAUUUCUCUUUGUCUCUCUCCCUUUCUCUCUUCCUGAAACGAAUGUAUAUAAUAAUAGCAUAAUAAUUGUGUUUAAAGCGCGCGCGCGACACAGUAUCAAUUGAAGAUGACAAAAGGAAGGAAUGGGGAGAAGUUCAGUGCUGAGUUUCUCGUUAUGUGAUCCUGACGCUGCGGACGAUAUCAAAAUUCGACUGAAAAUGUCGGGUGGCUGAAACGAAGGGGGAGGGAGAGAGAGAGGGAGAGGGAGAGAGGUCGAUCUUGACGUCGAUCGAGGAGGAAAGAGAGGAGAAAAAACACUAAGGAGGAAGAGAAAGAUCGGUUUAUUCGCCGUACCGUACGCACGUAUAUACGCACACAUCGCACGCGCGCCCAUUGUCGUAUGUAAAACUUGAUAUAAGGACUUUGUAGCUCUUAAGAUGACGUUGUGAAGGUAAAAGGAAAAAAGAACAUGCCCAUAUAUACAUGCAGACACACACAUGCACACAAAUACACACAUACAUGCAACACACAUCCAUCCAGCCACACACGACAUAACACACGACAUAACACAUCUGCAAUGUGAUAUUCUCGUGUCUUGUCCGAUGACAGACGUUCAUUCUAACGAGUAUAGUUGGCGUUUGUCCUUUUUUCGCGUAGCUUUUAAGGUACCUACAUUUAAGGGGAAACUACAUACGUAAGAGAUAAUCCGAGAGUGCACGCGUGAGAAGGUCUUGCGGUAAGAGCAAGCAAAAAAAAAAAGAAGCAAAGAAAAGGGGAGAGAAAAUGCAAAAAAAAAAAGAGAAAAAAGAAAGAUAACAGGAAAAAACGACCAAAAAUGUGCGAAAUCGAGUGUGUGUGUUUGUGCAAAAGAUGGAGAUUUACUAUAUUUAAUUAUUAUAUUAUGGGUACCUCUAAUAUCACAAGAAUAUUCGUUGCUGUGUCUGCUGUUUCGAUUUAAGGUACCGUGGUGAGAAACCUAAGAGCAUCGACGACAGACUAAACCAGGCCGGGCAACCGAACUCGGGACUGUCGCUGACAGAGAUUUCGCGUUUAGGGUUUAGAUUCUUCGGGGUACCAUCGUUGUGUGGAUACAAGGGGUGCGAGCUCUUCUACGAGCUCCUCAUCUGUUCGUUCUUCCCGCGACAUCUUCGCCCCUCUGCCUUGCCCUUUCACCAGUAUCUCACCAUCCCCUUUCUACCCCGUUCCGCCUUCUCGUUCGUCGGGCAAAAGUACUACGUUCUCGCGUGGAAUGUUGUGAGCGCUCUGCUUCACUCAAUCUCGAUCUUUAAAGAGGAAUUAUGCGAAUUAGUUGUAAUAAAGCGCGCUUGUUCAUAUAGUCGGAUCUAUUCUAGUUGACAUAUCUGUGACCCCGUAACUUUUAGUCUAUCGACGACGGUUCUCUGUGUGUGCAUGUGUGUGUGUAUGUGUGUGUGUGCACUUGCUGUGUAGUAUUCGAGAGUUUAACCGGAUGAAAUACUAUUUUCUCGCAUUGAGACACUUUUAACUCUAGAAAGGUAGCAUGAGUAAUUUCUGCUCACACUAAAAGCUCCAAUCCUAAGAGGGUAGCGCGAGUAAUUUUUGCUCAUACGGAAAGUCUCCAAGCCUGGAAAGGUAACGUGAACAGCUUUUAUUUAUAAUGAAAGCUUUAAUCCUAGAAAAAAAGGGUAGCCAAUAUGAGGUAACCUUUAUUCAUACUGAAAGACUCCUAGAAAAAUAAUGAUAAUCUGUGGUACAAUUAAGAUAAGGAUGAGUAAUCGUUACUGAUUCAGUCUGAUAAUAUCUCAUAAAAGAGCAGUGGUAUCCAUUUCAGUGGGUGGUGAAACAAGUAAAUAUUAAUCUAGAGAAAUAUACACCAGUUAGGGGAGCUUAAGGCUCUCAGUGUGAGCGAAGGUUAUCAAGGCCACCUUCCUAAGGUUAAUGCGCGCUGGAUAUUGCUCUGCUACCAUUACACGAUGUACUAUUAUCGUACUGUUAUCGUCCGCAAUACGGUCGCGCAAAGAAGAUAAGGUCUGAUUCGCGGGAGGACUUUGGCUUACCUUGCCUUACCUCGCCGAGCUACUUCAUCGAGAAGAGGUAGGGGCCGCCGUUUUUUCUUGCCGCUGAUCUUGAGUCACGCGCGCACGUGUGCGAAAUAGUAUUUUAUUCGGGCGACAAAUGGCUCGGCUUAAUCUUAGAUUUCUCCAUCGUGUCGGCGUAUUUCUCAGGCGACGCUGUUGAUUCCGUUCUUACGUUAUUGUGCGCUAUCUAAUCUCCGUGCGACUCGGCUUGCGUCUCUAACCGGGGUCAGCCGCAUUCUGCUGUGUUUCGAUGUGUACCUGAAACCGGUGGUAAGGGUUCGAUGAAGCAUCUCGCAAUUUCCGCGCACAACGCGAGGUGCAAGUUGCCCCGCGAGCGCGCACAGCAUCCAUCAAUCGACGAAGACUAUGUUCCCCCGAGCUCCAGCCGUGGCUUCUUCGACGUGAAGUCUCGCCCCUCUGCGAUUUGUCGCGCUACGAAACACCGCCAUCACCUGCGCGGUUGGUCGUCGAGUCGGCGAUGUUUCGCCUCGGGGACGACGUUUCCCCGCCGCAGAUCGAGACAGUACUCUUUGCCCGUCCUCGUUCUCGCCUCGUUUUCCCCUCGUUUCGUUGACCGCGGGGAUGCGCAUGUGUCUCCAGCCUAAUUCCCAAAAAGGAACCUGACAGACGGGCCGUCGUGCUACUCCACCCUCUUGGGGCGCGAGAAUAGUCCGCGGAGUGAAGCGUGUGUCACAUGCCAUCGUUAGUCCGUAAGCGUUUACACUUAUUUUUCUAUCGUGAGUCGUAUCAUCGCUCUGUCGUAGUUCGUAAAUACUUUGGCCGUAAGGUAAAACAGUACUCAAUGCCUGGACACUAAUGACACCUAAUUCUGCAUACUUUUAUUGUUCUUUAAACACGAAUAUAUUAAAACUUCUAAUGUAGAAUAUAUACAGGGUGAUUCGGAUGGAAAUGUAGAGAUCCUGAUGACCAGUUAAUUGGACUGCCAUCCAUCGAUCAUGGAGGUGUUAUUUAGAUGUAUGACAUGUCGAAUAUAACGAGUAGAAGCUCCAUUAUGUUGGAAAUACAUCGACGGAAUAUCCUCAGGCUAUGGACAAAUAAUUUUGCAGCAAGUGUAGGAUACGUUUCUCCUAUCAUCGGGAGGCAACUGCGCGCAGAACUCGCUGUAUCUCUCAAACCGUGUGGAAUCGGUCACAUGUUUGUAUAAACAUUUUGCCAAGAAUGAGUCAUACUACUGUCUCUCUUCCUCGAAUAUUGACUCCCGAAUCACCCUCUGUGUGCACAUAUUGAACAUAUCCAUAUAUUCUACGUGAAGAAUUCAAAUAUUUCAUAUUUGAGGACUAAAAUAUCCAGAGUUAAAUUACGCGAGUUAUCAGUAUCCGGACAUUGGAUAUCUUUACCUUAGUCGUCGCAAAGUAGUUUCGCCACUCGUGUCCGCCGAGUCUGCCUUGAUUCCUCGACUCUUGAUUCGAUAUAUACGUUUCGCCGUCUCCACGGCGCCUUAUCCUCCCGUGAUACGUUGAUAAUCAUCCAAUCGCUUGAUUUCCACUCGCCCGACGGUUUCGUCGCGAGGAAAUUACCGCCUCGGUGUUCUCGAGAGAGAGAAGGGUGAUAUUUGUCGUGUCGAGUCCGCCGUUCCUCAAAGGCUCGGAAUUAACGCGCGCCUCUGCGCGCGCGAUCAACAUUUCGACUGACGUCUCGCGCUCCGUGUCGUCGAACAAUGUACCCGGGACGCUCGUUCUGAACGGGACCGCGAAUCAAAAGAAAGGGAAGGAAAGAUAUUCGAAUGAUGCGCGUGCCAGAGAGCGCGACGUGAUAUUAAAUUAAUGAACGAUCGGAGGUGAAUCCGAGACGAAAUAUUUAUUCGACGUGUUGUUCAUUUGGAGGCGUGCCGCGUGUUCUUUCAUACAUAGGAGAAAAUACUCUUCUGACAAGAUAUUUUAUUUCGCGGGGAGGGGGGGAGGAGGGUUUUUCCGAUGAUUUCCUAAGGUAUCUUCUCUCUUGGAUGCGAGUAAUCUACAGAGAUUACGACCAAGAUUGAUCUUGUUUCGAUAUUAAGCUUAAGAAAAGACAAGAAACAUUAUUUUUAACGACCAUUGACGACUUUCAAUUACUUUUAAGGCUUCCGUUCGGAGACGCGAGUUCUUCGAGUGAUCGAUUGAAAUUAAAUAGAGCAUACAAAUCGUACGACUAUGAUACUUCUCUCUUUCUUUCUUUCUUUCUCUCUCUCUCUCUUUCUCUCUCUCUCUCUCUCUCUCUCUUUUUCUCUCUUUUCCUCGCGCGACGUUAAGCUGCAAACUCCCACGAUCUUACGAUGGCUCUUCAUUGACGCUUUGCGCUCAAGUUUAUUUUUAUAAAAGACUUAGAAGAAACAGAAAGAAACGCCAUUAUCUCUCUUGUUUUUGGAAAUUGUACAAGGCGAUCGUACGCUCGAUAAUAUUAUGGCAAAAAGACACAUCCAUAUCUUUCUAUCGACCUAAGAAUCAACAUUUACCUAAAAACUUACGAAAAAAUUCUCAAAAGUGUUAUUUUCUAAGAAGUAGCGUCCUGCGUGAUGAUUCUAUAUAUAUAAAAUUAUAUAUAUAUAUAUAUAUAUAUAUAUAUAUAUAAUGUAUAUUAUAUAUAUAAUAUAUAAUAUAAUUAUAUAAUUAUAUAUAUAUAUAUAUAUAUAUAUGUAUAUAUAUAUAUAUAUAUAUAUAUAUAUAUCAAAUUACGAUUAAUUGUACAAUUCUCAGAUUGUCGCGGAUCUAAACGAGCUAAUUUCUUUCUCAUUCAAAAGCACCACAGAAGCCUACGGGUCUCUUCAAUGCGAUAACGCUAUAAUACCGCGUGUAUCUCACUUGAUCAUAAUGAAUUCCUCUCUCUUAGACGCGCCAGAUUUAAUCGUAGCUCCGCGAGAAUCAAUGACCUCUUAAUUUUGAGCAAAAUGUGAAGGAAAGUAAGAUCGAACGUCUGCAAAAAAAGAA